UACGAAUUCACUCAAGGUCAAAGUGGCUUAGUAACCACAUUAAAACCUAUUGUCGAACAUUGGUCUUACCCUCAGUUCGCAAAGGCAGUCCUUGACAACUACAACAAAUUCUUCUCCGAAGUCAAAUCGAAAGUUGUGGUUUACUAUGAGAACAUUGACGCACUCAUGACGAACGAAGAAGGGUACAACAAACUCAUUGAAAUGGGUUUAGUCGGUGAGAAGAUGGGUCAAUUCAAAUUGGACAAAAUUUUCACCGAAGUUCAUGUCCUCUCCAAGCGUAAGUACUGGGGCAUACUUGAAGACGGCACAGAAAUAAAACAUUGCAUGAAAUAA